GGCGUGGCCUGUGAUCCCCGGGAGCGGAGGGCCCGCUGUGUCCUUGGGCUGAGAGGGGAGGUGACUCCGGCCGGCCGAAGAGGAGGACGCAGAAUGAGGGCCCUGCGGGUCUCCCAGGCACUGGUUCGCUCUUUCAGCUCAACCAGCCGGAACCGCUUCGAGAACCGAGUAGCUGAGAAACAGAAAAUCUUCCAGGCGGACAAUGACCUCCCGGUACACUUGAAAGGCGGAGCAACAGACAACAUCCUGUACCGACUGACCAUGGGCCUGUGUCUAGGGGGCACCGUCUACAGCCUGUACUGCCUUGGCCGGGCCUCCUUCCCUCACAAGAAGUGAGCCCAAGAAGCCUGCAGGACCUGAACAAGCAUCAAUAAAUGGGCCGGCUCUGUGGGACCCCA